CCGCCGCUUGCUGUCCCGAAUAGGCUCAACCGCGAGUCCAUGUUCGAUUCGCCUCGAAAACGCGCACCUCUCGAGACGGCGCACCCAAGAAUCGCCAGCCAAACCAAAACCGCCGCCGAUCCCACGCCGACAAUCCGCACUGAAAAUGGGUAAUAGCUCAUGAUGGAUCGGCCCCGUACCCUGAAUGCCGGCCCCAGCAACGCGGCAACCCCUCGCGGGCGGCCGACUGCUGCAGACGAUAUGGAGCUCCUGGCCGACGACACCACCAUCCCAGCCGACGAUCCGCCGCGCGAGACCAUGGACGAGCCUAUAUCCUUCCGACGCAGGCAGCAACAACAGCAGCAAACACAACGAGAAGGUGGCAUGUUCUCGCCGCCAUCCCUCCUCAUCCCCGGCCUGUCUGGCCGGGGCGGCGCAUCCUCCUCGAGCAGGGGCAGCAGCCCAAUCGGGGGCUUCCGGUCCCCGCGCGACCGCGGCAGGGGCGGCGGCGGGCCCAAGAGCGCCGACACGCUGGGGCCCCACGAUCACUGGGCCGCCGAAGGGCCCGGGCGCCGGGUCGGGUACGAGGACCUGACGGCCAUCGACUGGAUCUUCGAGUACACAAAGGAGCGCCAGCGGCUGCGCGUGCUCUCGUCGCAGUCCUCGGGGCUGCUCGGGUACAUGCCGCAGCUGCUGGACGCCAGCCAGGCCUGGGUGAUCCUGGUCGCCACGGGCAUGGCCGUCGGCGCCGUCGCGGCCGCCAUCGACGUCACCACCGACUGGCUCGGCGACCUCAAGACGGGCUACUGCGCCGCGGGGCCCGACGGCGGCGCCUUCUACCUGAACAAGGGCUUCUGCUGCUUCGGCUACGACGAGUGGUCCAAGUGCGUCGGCUGGAGGCCCUGGGCCACCGCCCUGGGCAUUGGCUCGGCUGGCGGAAAGUGGUUCAUCGAGUACUUUUUCUUCCUGCUGUUCUCGUCUACCUUUGCGCUUGCCGCCCAUGUGCUUGUCAAGGAAUACUCCAUGUACGCCAAGCAUAGUGGUAUUCCCGAGAUAAAGACGGUAUUAGGAGGCUUCAUCAUCAGGAGGCUGCUGGGCACCUGGACUCUGAUCACCAAGUCCCUUGGGCUUUGCCUUGCUGUUGCAUCUGGCAUGUGGCUUGGCAAAGAAGGCCCCCUGGUGCAUGUCGCCUGCUGCUGCGCAAACAUUCUCAGCAAGCCUUUUACCAAUAUCAGCCAAAACGAAGCCCGGAAGCGCGAGGUGCUGUCUGCGGCCGCAUCGUCGGGCAUAUCAGUGGCGUUUGGCUCGCCGAUCGGCGGCGUACUGUUCAGUCUCGAACAACUUUCGUACUACUUCCCCGAUAAAACCAUGUGGCAGAGCUUCGUGUGCGCCAUGACUGCUGCCGUUACACUCCAGGCUCUCGAUCCGUUCCGGUCUGGGAAGCUGGUCAUGUACCAGGUCAAGUACAGCUCGGGGUGGCAUGCCUUUGAGCUGGUCCCGUUCGCCCUUCUUGGGAUUAUAGGGGGGGUAUACGGGGGCCUCUUCAUCAAGGCCAACAUGAAGGUCGCUCAGUGGAAGAAGACGACAGCCUGGUUACCAACCCCGACCACACAGGUUCUCGUCGUAGCACUAUUGACAGCUCUCAUCAACUACCCAAACAUCUACAUGCGGGCGCAGAACUCGGAGCUCGUGUCAUCCUUGUUCAUGGAGUGCUCCAAGGUCCUCGACGACCAGUUUGGCCUUUGCAAAACAGGCUCAGCCUCUGCUGCCAACAUCGUUCUCCUCAUCUUUGCUGCCAUGCUCGGCUUCAUGCUGUCGGCCAUCACCUUUGGGCUGCAGAUCCCCGCAGGCAUCAUUCUCCCGUCCAUGGCCAUCGGCGCUCUCACCGGCAGGGCGGUUGGGAUCAUCAUGGAGACGUGGCAGCACAACCACCCCAACUUCCUGCCCUUCCAGUCCUGCGAGCCUGAUAUACCCUGCAUCACCCCAGGCACGUAUGCCAUCGUCGGUGCGGCCGCGACGCUUGCGGGGGUGACCAGGAUGACGGUGUCGAUUGUAGUCAUCAUGUUUGAACUCACGGGUGCUCUGACGUACGUGCUCCCUAUCAUGGUCGCCGUCAUGCUAUCCAAGUGGGUGGGAGACGCCUUCUCCCGGCGCGGCAUCUACGAGUCGUGGAUCCACUUCAACGAGUACCCUUACAUCGACAACAGCGAGGAGACCUUCAUCCCCGACAUACCGGCGUCGCAGAUCAUGACGCGGAUCGAGGACCUCGUGGUGCUCACGGCGGCGGGCCACACCAUCGGCAGCCUCCAGCGGAUCCUGGACACGCACCCGUACCGCGGGUUCCCCGUGGUGUCGGACCCGCGCGACGCGAUCCUGCUGGGCUACAUAUCGCGGGCGGAGCUGGCGUACAACCUGCACACGUCGACGGGCCCGCCGCGGUCGCUGCCGGCCGAGACGGAGGCCUUCUUCUCGCACCAGCCCAUGGCGGACCCGCGCGCGACGCUGGACCUGAGGCCGUGGAUGGACCAGACGCCCCUCACGCUCUCGUCGCGCUCCAGCCUGCACCUGGCCGUCAGCUACUUCCAGAAGCUGGGGCUCCGCUACAUCCUCUUCAGCGACCGCGGCGCCCUGCAGGGGCUCCUGACCAAGAAGGACGUCUGGUACGUGCUCAACGGCGCCGAGGAGACGCGCAGGACCAGCAGGCUGCCGCGCGACGCCGGCGUCGAGACGGGCAUCACGCGCGAGGAUGGCGACGGCGAGCACAGGGGCCUGCUCAGGGGCGACGAGGACAGCCGCGACGGGGCGACGAGCCCUGGGGCGGACGCGGCCUCCAUAUUAUAGAUAUAGAGUACAACACCAAGGGGUGGUUGGUGCUGAGUGCCGCUCGGCAGAUUGCUUGGUUCACUCCCAUUUUCAUGCUGGACAAGAGAGAACCGUGGUAUCUAGUGAGAUGUUUAAUACCUACUGGUUUGAAUUCAUUGC